GCGCAAUAAACCUCCAGCGCAUUAACACCUUCAACAUGAAGAGCCCUCUUCUUCACCUGAUAGCACUGCUAUCAACAGGCCUAAUUCUCGAAUCAGCAGCAUCCUCACUCACAAUCCAGAUUCCUCCAAACAGCAUCCUCCCGAAUCCACAUGCCCUCCCACCAAACACACACGCAACCCUGACAACAUUACCUUCGUCAUCAGCGCAGGAUAAGAAACAUAUACUCUCCGCACCGAUAACUCAUACUGCCGAAUUCCAUUUCACGGAUUUACCAUCCUCGUCAGGUACGGAGUCAUACUUGCUCGAUAUCAGGUCGAAAGAAUACAUUUUCGCGCCGUAUAGAGUCGACAUUGCCGCCGAUGGAACAGUGUUGGGUAUUUGGGAGACGUUCCGGGGUAAUCAGUGGGAGAAUCGUGGAUUGGAGCGAUAUACGAAGUUGAAGAGUCAUGAUGGACGGCAGGAUGUUGAUGCUGUUGUGCAAGCCAAGGUUUUAGCUAGACGGGGUUUCUAUGAGGAGAGGCCGAAAUUUUCGCCAUUGACUUUGUUCAAGAAUCCUAUGAUUCUGAUGUCUGUGUUUGCUCUCGUGGCGACAUUCGGUAUUCCCAAAUUGCUUGAAAACAUGGACCCUGAAAUGCGUGAAGAAUUCGAAAAACAGUCUCGCACUGGCCCGCUUUCGUCGGCUACUCGAGCAGCCGCUGCCGGUGCUAAUCCCGGUGCUGGCGCUGGUGCUCCUGGAUUCGAUAUUGCGGGUUGGAUGGCUGGUGCGACUUCUUCGCCGAUGAGUGCCGCUGGUAGUGGUUCCGGAGCGGCUACAGGACGAGAAUCAGGUGCUGGGGCCAGGAGGAGAUAA